GCCUAAAUAACACUAGACAGGUGCUCAGGAUCUCCUAUAACCAGACGCUGCAAAACUGCACACGCGCGAGAUAAGGUUACCGAUUAUUCAAUGCCUUCAUCGGAUUUCUGCCAGCUGUUCCUCAAGUGAGACAUUUCCUCGCAGUUGUUAGAACGAAAUCCUAAAGUGAGCGCUAUAGUUGCAGCAAUACACACGGAAACGGUACGAAUAGAGAGCUCGUUGAUUGUGGCACGAGAAUGUUUCCGUCCCUAUCAUUUUCUCUACUCUCAGUCUCUUUGGUAUCAAUGAACAAGAACGACGUGUUGAAGAGGCCACCAGAUAUUCUGCCGAAACACUUAGAGAUGGCUGUGGGAGAGCAGAACUUCAGACAUGAGUAUGACGAAGAUGCCAGAGAAAUAUGUUGGGUCGUGUCUACCGAGUGGAAACUCCUAGGGGAUUUAUCUGAUGGCUUCAUGUGCACACCCAUCCAGUGAUUUGGUUUAGCUUUCUUGCAUGGUCGUCGAGGAUUCACUGAAAUAACAAGCUGAGAAAGUUCUCUUGGAUGGCUACGAACCUUUGAACUAUAGGUCGAUAUCUAUUCACUUGGCUACAUUGAAGUCUAAAAUCCGGGCGUUUAUUUAGAAUGUAUUUGAUUUGCUCUUGGACACG